UUAUUUUUGAAUGUGAAUUUAAAUAGUCCAAAGCUAGAAUGUACGAAUCAACCGAUUUGGACUGCGCCAACUCAGAAUCCAUGUUGAUUGGAGUCCAUCAUGUGGGUGUGACAGCCAAAAUACAGUCUCCACUCAAGAAGGUCCGGCCGCGCAUGAUAAUGUCCAGCGAAUCGGACAUUUUCCAAGAUGUCAAGAUCAAGAGCCAGUACAAUGCGUUCAAAAACGACCAACUGGAGGAGACAACCGGCACCACGACGGAUGCCAGCUCGCAGCCCGCUUUAUACAAGAUGCGUGCCGAGCCAGAGAAGUUGCUGAAUGAAAAGCCGGAGCGCAUUGAGUUCCAGCGCUACUCGAAGAGGCGUCCCCGGGUCUUUGUGCCACUGCGUGGCCGUGCCAGAGUCCACCCGAGGGCCAAGUCGAACAAGGCAUCCCAGGCGCCGCAGCAGACCAAGGCGAAAUCAGGCUUUGUCAACCGCCUGAUGAACGCUCUGGACAACAUGUGCAAGUGCCAGCCGCAGCACUCGCACAACCUUAUCGACGAUCUGCCCGAGCCGCACUGGAACAAGAAGGAGGAGUCGCGUCACACCUGCAUCGGUAUCUAUCCGUUCGAGCACGGCUGUGCCGAUUACCUGAGCACCACGGACACCCAUCCCAGGAUCAAUGCCAUUGUCCUGGCCGAUCGGGCCACCACCUAUGCCACCCACUUCUGGGCGGAGCUGUUCGGCCUGCUCCACAUUGCCGUGGCCUUUGUGGUGGCCUUCAUUCUGCAGAGCUACCGAUUCGUUCUCUUCUCUCUGGUCAACACUCUCAUUGUGGGACUGCUGCACUUGACCUCCGACUACGUGCUGAAGCCCGUGCUGACCACGCUCUUCAAUGGUUUUCUGCAGCCGCCCCUGAUCCUUGUGUACAACAUCCUCUGCUCCUUGCGUGACAUUACGGAGCCUGUGGGUGAUGCCUUGGCUCAUUUCCUGAAGCCCCUGGCCACUGUAUGCGGCAGCCUGCGACUGGUCGAUGUCAACCACCGCCAUGGCCGACGUUUAUCCAAAAAUGUUUGAUUUUCCAUGUUUGUUCUUCUAUAUGUUAAAUUCCUUUGAUUUCCCAUUAAGUUUUGUUCCGUUUCCCGUUUCGUUCCGUGGGCGGAGCCUGUCACUGCAACCCCUAAAAGGAUAUCGGGGUAAAUUCUGCUUCUCCUUCCCUGUCCCGCUUCCCUGUCCCCUCUUCACGGAUUACACACAAUAUUACGCACAUUCCGAACCUGGAUCGGAUUACAUUGUUUUUUCUUGUUUCGCAGCACACCCAUAGCCAUAGCCCAUAGCCAUAGCCAUAGCCAUAGCGACAGCCAGCACCCUCUCACCCCCCUCCCAACACUGGACUUAAGGGUGUGCGAGGCGAGACGAGGCUCAAUUACGGAGAGAGAAACAUUUAUGAUUUAUUUGCUCAUUUUGUGGUCGUUCCACCAGGACAUCGCCAGGGGGCAAGGAAGCAUAUGUCUA